CUUUCGAUUUGUUCCGGUUGAUGGCUGUAUUUCACGAAUCAACGUCUUGUGAAAAAUUUGUUAUGCAUAAAUAAGUCCAGGCAUUCAAGCUUGGUACACUAUCCUACAGUAUGGCGACUCUUUUGGAAGGUUCAAAAAUUGAAGAAAAGAAACUACAGGAAAUUAUAGCAUCAGCUAUUGAUCGAGCCCUGAUUAAUGGGGCAUUAAUGAGGACAAAAGAAAAUCCUGGAUCCUCCACUGUUGUCAAUCAUGCUCCUUUCACUCUGUAUCCAUCUGUCGUUCCUCAGAGUUUGUUGGAACAUGCCAAGGGAAUCCAUAAGUCCUUUAACCUUUUGAUGCAUCGCGUUGCCCAUGAUCACCAAUUUCUAGAGCAGGCUUUACAGAAUGUAAUCAAAGUGGAUGACUUCACCAGACAAUUGUGGGAGAUUUACAUCAGUGUGAGAGAGGAGGGCAUUACUCAGCCAGUAUCACUGGGCCUGUUUAGGAAUGAUUUCAUGAUGGACACAAAGAAGAUGGAGAAGAAUAAUGACUGCUCCCUUUCUCAAGUGGGCGAGCAUGCCAAACUCAAACAGAUCGAGUUCAACACCAUCGCCUCGAGCUUUGCUGGCCUGGUAGGAGCUCUGUCUGAUGUACACAGAUACACAGUGAAAAAAGCAAAGAUUAAGUGCACAAAAAACCAGCUACCAAGGAAUGACCCAGCUUUAGGACUUUGUCAAGGAUUAGUGAAAGCGUGGCAACAUUAUGGGAACAAAAAUGCAGCCAUCUUGUUUGUGUCAAGCAUCCCAGAGCGAAACCGAUUGGAUCACACGUGGAUGGAGAAGAAAAUCUUUGAUUUGGACCAAUCAAUAGACGUCUUAUAUUGUAACUUGAAAUCUCUGUCUUCACUUAUGUCUCUUGGGAGAGACAAAGCACUUUUUCUAAACAAUACUGAAAUAGCUGUGGUGUACUUCAGAGAAGGAUACUCCCCAGAUCAUUAUAGCAGUCAAAAGGAGUGGAGUGCAAGACUUGAUAUAGAAAGGUCCAAAGCCAUCAAAUGUCCCUCAAUCCACUAUCAACUAGCUGGAACUAAAAAAAUCCAGCAGGAGCUGGCAAGAGAGGGCGCCGUAGAGCGGUUUGUCAGCGAUGAGAAGGAGGCUGCCAAGAUUCGAUCUGUGUUUGCUGGGCAGUACAGUCUAGAUCUGGACCCUGAUGGAGACAGAAAUGCAGAGACAGCCAUAAACAAUCCUGGAGAUUAUGUGCUGAAACCUCAGAGAGAGGGUGGAGGCAACAACCAUUAUGAUGAUGAGAUCAAGACCCUGCUAACAGAGCUGAAGGAUGACAAGAUGAGAGCGGGGUACAUACUGAUGGAGAAGAUCUACCCGUGGGUCCAGAAGAACUACUUGAUCAAGACUGGGGAGAGCAUCGACCUGAGGGAGGUGGUCAGCGAGAUCGGAAUCUAUGGGACCAUCAUAGGAACGGCUGAUGAGGUGAUAGAGAACAACGAAGCAGGGCAUUUGAUGCGGACCAAGUACCUGGGGGUCAAUGAAGGAGGGGUCAACACGGGGUUUUCCUGCCUAGACACGCCCUUCCUCAUUGAGUGACCAUUUACCAGUCAUUUAGAGAAUCUUUAUAUAAGUAAACAGAUACCUCAAGAUCUUGAAUUAUCCUUUCUUCAUGAGAACUUAUCUGCUUUAGUCAAUGUUAAUUUAAAGCAUAGAAUCUCCUUACUUUUACCUUUAUAUCUUUUAUUGUUUUUCUCUUUAAUAAGUGAAUUCGAUGACAAUAAAGUACGGUAUUUCUCUAAAUCAUCCCAAAUAUGUAGAGCAGAACUUUUGGUACAUGUAAAAGAAAAAACAGGUUAUAAAUAUGUUUUGUAAGGAAAUUUAUUCUGGAUAAGUUUGUUGAAGAAAUAUCUGAUAGGUGUGUGUACAUUAGGGAAAUGCAUUGCGAUAAAUUGCAUCAUACUAGGCCAAAAGGGCAUUUAUUGUAUUGUGUGAUGGUUACCAUCAGCUACAGUACAUGCAUUAUAUGUAGUGUUUAUGGAGUUGAUUUUUCACUACCAAUUUAUACGAUUACACUGAAUCUUGAUACAGUAAAACACGGUUAUAGCGAACAUGCUUAUAAUGAAUUUACACUUACAGCGAAGUGAUUUUCAUUCCCCUUUACUGUAUUACAUGUUGUAAACUUGACGGAUAUAACGAAUUACGCUUAUAACGAAGCAAUUUCGCCCGUCCCUGGCGUUCGUUAUAACCGUGUUUUACUGUAUUGCAAAAAUUUGUUGCAAGAAAACUGAAUUGCAUAAUUUGCAUAGUAUGUUUGGACCAUGUUUCUGCAUUGAUGUCGGGCCAAUUCAAUAUUAACUGCCAAUGUAUAUAUUUUUCAAGUCUUCAUUAGGUGCUUUGAAUUCCUCUCCAGCAAAGAAUCCUACUUGGAUUUGAUGGAAUAAAUGUUGUUUGCAUUGUAUGUACUAUAUACAUAUUUAGUUACAUGAUAUUUUGAUUGAUGCUGAUGUUACGAAAAGUAAUGUUGUACCUGUGGGUUUUUUUUUCUUUGAAAUUUAAACUGUUUUCUAGAUUUAUUUGUACUUUUAUCAUUUGAUUUAACUUUUUUUACAUAAAAAAUAUAUGUAUUGGUGAAAUUUUUUUGACAAUACACGUACGGUAUAUCAUUUAUUGUUUUUUAAAGCAAAAAAAAAAAUUCUAAAAUCAGUAAAAAGAAAAUCGUGUGUAUUUUUUAGUUUAAUCUCAUUGUCAUAUCUUGCAGUUUAGUAGCCUCCUCCUUUUUUUCAUGAGGUACCUCAAAGUAUUCAAACUAAUUUUUAAAAUUGCAAUGUAUAUCAAAAUACAGAUUGUACUCCUGCUUGGAAGUGAACUUCAAAAAAAUUGUUAACUCAACUGUUUUUUUUUACAAGCUAAUAACUAAUACAGUAUACAUAUUCAAUUACCAUAGGUUUAUAUAUGAUGCAUUAUGUUCUAGCCCCUUUAAA